GUGAAGUCGAGUUGACUUCUAUUUAUAUUACGAUGAAAGGAUCGAAAAUACAGCACUUGAAUGGAUUACCGGAUACUCUUCUGCUAUUGGUUGAAACGUAUCCGAACCUCUUAGAAAAACGUCCAGUUUUGCUAGUGUCUCUUGAUCAUGAUUGGCUGAUUCAUAAAAAAAUGUUACAUUUUUCCGCGAGUUUUCGGAUCAAAAACGCUCAACGAUGAUUGGUUAAAAGUAAUACUUACCUCAGUCAGUUUUCGGAUCAAAAACGCUCAACGAUGAUUGGUUAAAAGUAAUACUUACCUAAACGGAAAACGCUCAUUUUUAGAAUUAACGUGAUUGGAUCAUUACUGUUUCACUCGCAAGGAUUAUGAUUGGUGUUUUGAACUGAAAGCUUGCCAGUGAUUGGUGGAUUUCGAUCGUAUUGUUGCUGCAAGCUCGACAUAACUUCUCUACCUUGACUGGAAGUUCAUUCUAUUUUACGCUCUCGUAUCGUUAUUUUACCUCUAAGUUCUACCGAAAAUAAAGCAUGUCUGGUCGUGGAAAAGGUGGAAAAGCCAAAGGCAAAGCCAAGUCUCGUUCUUCAAGAGCUGGUCUUCAGUUCCCAGUUGGUCGUGUUCAUCGUUUUCUGCGGCGUGGUAACUACGCAGCGAGAAUCGGUUCUGGCGCUCCUGUUUACAUGGCCGCUGUUCUAGAAUAUCUGUCUGCAGAGAUUUUAGAAUUAGCUGGUAAUGCAGCUCGUGAUAACAAGAAGACUAGAAUUAUUCCUCGUCACCUCCAACUUGCCAUCAGAAAUGAUGAAGAGUUGAACAAACUACUUGGCAGUGUGACGAUCGCCCAGGGAGGUGUUUUACCUAACAUCCAAGCUGUUCUUCUGCCCAAGAAGUCCGAGAAAAAAGCCCACUAAACAAGAAAGUAAAAGCGACAACAAAAAAACGGCUCUUUUAAGAGCCACCAAAUGUCAUAAAGUGAAUGAAAUUAUUAAUGCUAAAUCUUUUUUUGUUUUUACUGAGUACAUUUGAAAAAAGUGUACAUGCUGAAAUCCAUUUCUUUUACAACUUACCAGAAAAAUAAAAGUUUUUCAUUUUUUUAAAUCAAUCACAAAUUCUAAAAGUACUUUUUGUUUGUCUGUUGGGUUUCCUGUGGUAGAAUAUAUCCACUCUCCCCACUCCCCAUAGUAUUAAUGAAUAUAGGAAGGCUGAUGUUGAGUAUUUUUUUGAUAAAGGUUGUUAUUUCCAAUAAAUCCAGGUAGCUU